AUGACCAAGAAGCCCCAACCGUUCACAAAGGCGCUGCACUUCUCCGAAAAGGAGUUCGCAGAGCGUCGCCAAAAGGCCCUCGAGCUUAUCAAGCGCGAGAAGCUCGAUGGAUUCCUGAUCACCAAGCAAGAAACGCUCUACUAUCUCACCGGCUACGACACGUUCGGCUAUGUCUUCUUCCAGGCGAUGUACUUCCACAACGACGGCUCCAUGAAGCUGAUCACCCGCAUGCCGGACCUGCGUCAGGCCCUCUACACCUCCGUGUUGAAAUACGAUGACAUCCUGAUCCGACCAGACGACGUAGGCAGCAACCCCGUAUCCCUGGUCCCCGUCGUCCUGAAAGAAUUCGGCAUCACCUCGCCCUCCCAGCGCAUUGGCUUCGAGCCCAACUCGGCAACCCUAACUCUCGAAAUCGGCAAGCUGCUCGAGGAGUCUGUCUCAGGCCUCUGCACCCUCGUCAACCACAGCAACCUCUUCACGCGCGAGCUGCGCAUUAUAAAAUCCCCCAGCGAGCUGCGCAAGAUCCGCAAGGCCGCCUACCUAGCCGACUUCUCGCUAGUCCGCGCCCUCAAAGUCGCCAAACCAGGCGCCUACGAAGGCGAUCUCUGGCGCGAGCUCAUGGGCACCGUCUACGAAGGCGGCGGCGACGACCCUGCAAACGAGAAUAUCCUGGUCUCAGGAAAUAAAGCAGUUCUGACCCGCUACUCGACCGGACGCUCCAGGAUCGACCGCCAGGUUACCCUCGAGCACGCGGCCGUCUACAAGCACUACCACGCAUGCCUGAUGCGCACGGUGCACAUCGGCGGCGUCACGCAGCUCGCGCGGCGCAUGUUCAGCGUCAACAUCCUGCAAAUGGAAGCCGCCAUGGCAGCCCUCAAGCCGGGGCGUGAGAUUGGAGACGUCUUUGAAGCAUAUGCGCGCGUCGCUGACGAAAACGGAUUCAAGGACCAGCGCUUCAAUGCGUGUGGAUAUAGUCUUGGUGCGACAUUCUCGCCGACUUGGAUGGAUUACCCGAUGUUUGUCCGGGGGCAGAAUGUCGUCGCGCGGCCGGGGAUGGUCUUCUUCAUCCAUAUCAUCCUGAUGGAUAAGGCGACUGACACAGCAAGCUCGAUUGGGCAGACUGUGGAAGUGACGCAGGAUGGGUGUGUCUCGCUGUCGAAGCUGCCGUUCCAUAUUACCCGGAAACAGACCCUCGCUGCGUGGAAGAAGAUCCGGAAGGAGGAUUAUGGGUUUACCAAGGAGGAGGAGGACGACGGGGAGAAUCUCAGGGACGUGGAACUCUCGGAUGGCGAUGUUGAUGCUGAGGAUUAUGAUGUCGAGUAUGACUUUAGUGACUAUCAGCCUUCGGCGCCCCCGGGGGAUGCGCAGUGA